GCGGGGCAAACUAUCGCGGCAUCUUGACAUGCCGGAGGCGGAGUGUUGCCACGGAGACGGAGGGCGGCUGCUAGGACGCAUGCGCGGGCCGGAAGUGUCUCCAAUUCUCGCGGGGAGUCGAAGAUGGCUGCGGCUCAGGCGGUGGAGGAGAUGCGGACUCGCGUGGUUUUAGGGGAGUUCGGAGUUCGCAAUGUACACACCACGGACUUUCCUGGGAACUAUUCGGGUUAUGAUGAUGCCUGGGACCAGGACCGAUUCGAGAAGAAUUUCCGUGUGGAUGUGGUACAUAUGGAUGAAAACUCAUUGGAAUUUGACAUGGUGGGAAUUGAUGCAGCCAUUGCCAAUGCUUUUCGGAGAAUUCUGUUAGCUGAGGUGCCAACAAUGGCUGUGGAAAAGGUUCUGGUGUAUAACAACACAUCCAUUGUCCAGGAUGAAAUCCUUGCUCACCGCCUGGGGCUCAUUCCCAUCCAUGCAGAUCCUCGUCUUUUUGAAUAUCGGAACCAAGGAGAUGAAGAAGGCACAGAGAUAGAUACGCUGCAGUUUCGGCUCCAUGUCAGGUGUACCCGAAACCCCAGGGCUGCUAAAGACUCCUCUGACCCCAAUGAACUCUAUGUGAACCACAAAGUAUAUACCAGGCAUAUGACAUGGGUCCCCUUGGGAAACCAGGCCGACGUCUUCCCAGAGGGCACUAUACGCCCAGUCCAUGAUGAUAUCCUUAUUGCUCAGCUGCGACCUGGCCAGGAGAUUGACCUGCUCAUGCAAUGUGUCAAGGGCAUCGGCAAAGACCAUGCCAAGUUCUCACCAGUGGCCACAGCUAGCUACAGGCUUCUACCAGACAUUACUCUGCUUGAGCCUGUCGAGGGGGCGGCUGCUGAAGAAUUGAGCCGAUGCUUCUCACCUGGCGUUAUUGAGGUGAAGGAAGUACAAGGUAAAAAGGUGGCCAUAGUAGCCAACCCCCGGCUGGAUACCUUCAGCAGGGAGAUCUUCCGUCAUGAGAAGCUGAAGAAAGCUGUGCGGCUGGCGCGGGUUCGGGAUCAUUACAUCUUUUCUGUGGAGUCAACAGGAGUGCUGCCUCCGGAUGUGCUGGUGAGUGAAGCCAUCAAAGUACUGAUGGGGAAGUGCCGGCGGUUUCUGGAUGAGCUAGACACAGUUCAGAUGGACUGAAGCUGCGUGAACUCCCCAGCAAGCCAGAAUGCUCCCUGUACCCAAUGGACUAGAGGGCCAAUUCCAGCUCUUUAUUUUCAACCGGUACAUUUUGUUCAGUGUCACAGGUUGAGAUUCUUAAUGCCUUUGUAAGGCCUUUGAUGUAAAUAAAUUCAUGUUCAGAUAAA